CGGUAUUUCCGCCUUUGACAAUAUUUUUUCUUCCCAUUUCUUUGCAUUUCGGUGGACUUUGUAAUGGUAAUGGUAAUGUUUGUUUGAACAACUUGCCGUAAAGUCUUCGACACAUUUGUAGCAUUUUUUUUGUUGGACUAGAUGGGCGCUCAUUACUGUGCCAUAUGUAGGCAAACAACAUUUAACGGGAAAAAACAUAUCUUCGGGAAAAAUCAUCAAAGCAGACUAAGACUUGUUCUUAUGAAAUUCAUCGAGAAGGUGAAAGAAGCUCGUCGAACACUUAACAAACCUGAAGUGGAAAAAUUUGAUUGCACUCAGCACAAGAAAACCUUCUGGUGUUACUGCUGUGGCCUUGAAGUGGAGCGAAAUGUUACUGAUGGCAAAAUGACUGUGUUACAUGGAGGCUUGUUGGAGCACAUGGCUGCGCCAGAACACAAGAAGAACACUCACAAGUUCUGGUGGGAAAACAAGGCAGAUCCCAAGCUGAGAGAUAAAGUCAUCAUCACACAGGAGGAGACUGAAAAGUUCAAAGCUGAGGUGGCCAAAGUGUUGGAAACAUAUGUAGAGGAGGAGGAUGAAUACAUUAAACAGCAAGCGGAGUUCAUCCGGGCCCAGGAGAAACAGCGCCAUGAGCUCCUUGAGUCUCUUUUAGAGCGUAAUGCAGACCCGGAGUCGUCCAAGGCACCCAAUGGAACAGAAACAUCAGCAGAGGCUAGCGUCAGCUCUCAAGGGACAUCAUGGGUUGCCAACCAGAAGGCGGGAAGCAGCCUCUUUGACACGAUGGUUGAAGCACAGCAACAAGGCUUGACUUUCAUAGGUCAUCAGGAUUCAUCAAACAGUGGGAAUGUGCACACAGGUGCUGUGCCUCCUUGGCUCCAGGACGAUCCUCUGGAGGGCUCCUCUAAAAGUGCAGCACCUCCCGAGAUGGGACCAUCAGUCCAGGAGUUCCUCAGACAGAAGGAGCAAGAGAAGCUGAGAAAGCUCCCUCCGAACAGAGUGGGGGCCAACUUUGACCACAGCUCCCACACUGACGCCAACUGGCUGCCAUCUUUUGGUCGUGUAUGGAACAGUGGCAGACGUUGGCAGUCCAGGCACCAGUUCAGGCAGGAGGAAGGACAGAAGAACAGAGCAAAGAGGAGGAGGAAGUCUAGGGCAGAAGGAGCCAAGAAAGGAAAGAUGACAGAUGAUGACUAGUGUCUGCACUUUAAAAGGAGCUUGAGGUUUGCUGGUGACACCACCAUUGGACUUGUGAUGCAGAUUACAGGGAAACUGCGAUCCAAUAUGUGCAGACAAACUAAACAUAUAGUUUUUCUCACUAGAAUUAAAUUUUAUUGACUGACAAAAGAAGCAACCGUCAUAUUUUCUUAUGGUUGUGCUGAGGGGCUGGCAGAUUUUGUGUUUUUGUCCAGAAAAAGUGCUGAGAAGUAAACAAGACUAAUAAGUAACAAAAAUAAUUAUUUUUCCAUCAAUUAACAAUGUGGCUUCAGGAACACACGGUGGUUGUAAUACUGAGAGAAGAUUCUUUUAUGCAAGUUGACAGUGUAAACUGAUUCUCCAGUGGAAGAGGAUGGUCAUUUUAAACUACCUUUUCCACUUCAUUUUAAGCUGUUCGUGUUAUCUUGAAAGAAUGCAUGCAAAAGAAAUAUUACAUCCAAAAAAGAAAAAUACAUACACAAGGCAGCUGACAAAAAACUGUAGACACACAACAAACAUAAUUUUGUAUUUAAAAUACAUUCUCAACAUUUGGAGUAAUCUUGCAAACAUACGUAUAAACAUACGAGGGGUGUCCUGAUACAACCUUUUCCACUUCCGAUAUUGCAGGUUUGAAUAUCAAGGCGAUAUUAGCACAGGCCAUACAUACUUUUAUUACUUGUUUAGUAGCAUGGAAUGUCAGACAAGCCCCUGAAAAGCAAAUAAUAUUCUGCUGGCUGUCAACGAAGACAGUCGCCUCUUUUCCCUCUCCCUUACUUUGCUUCUCAUGUCUCAUUUUGUCCUGUCUCAUACAUUUUAAGAGCCACUCUCUGCAUUGCAAAUUCCAAAUCUAAAUCAUAGAAUUGAUAAACUGGUCUCUCCACGUAAUUGAUAGUCUUCUUGACAAAAAGCUUGGGUUCGGGGGAACCUGUCUGCCCUGAUGGAACGUUCACCGCCGGCUACGUGAUGGAUGGGUGGGAGAGGUGGAGGGUCAUGUGCAUAGCGAUUCUUGCCAUUGAGGACAUCAAAGACAUGUACCUAUUCGGAACUAUAACAGGUCUGUUGCUGAUUGGAAUAGGCACUGCUCUAGUGUGUCGCAGAAUUCGUAUGACAGACAGCAGUCCAACAGGCCCAGCAGCUGCCCGUCAUGAUUGAUGUGGUGGGCAAAGCCGUCUGACUGUGACUAUGAAUCACAACAAGGUAUGAGGAAAAAGUCAUUUCCUAAAGCGUUUAAACACAAAUUUACUCACCACGGACGGGCUGGCUCUUUUCUGUUACAGCCAAUGACUUUUUGCCGUCCCGUAGGAGUUUCUCAAUGCUUUGCAAAUGUGUCAAACAGCGGUGGAUGUUUUAGCAGGCCGUAGUAUUGCUUAAUGAGGUUGAUCAUAUUAAACUCACCCGGUUCUGUACCACCAUGGGAAACUCAGGUCUUUUUUGGACUUCAACGACAAAACAGCCACACGGCUGACAUCACUUCUACUCUUGCUAAACACACUAGCACACGUUGUUGUGAUCACAGAGUUCUAUGUGCUGCUGGAAGCGAGUCUGUGGAGUCUGGAAUCGACUGUUUAUAUUGUAGUACCAAUAUCAGAGAUUUUAGAUGCAGGCUGAUAUCGGACCGAUAUCCAAUUUCAAUAACUGAUUGAGACACCACUAAAACAUACAAGCACAACCACUCAGAUGGACAGUGACCUCCACUAAGGCUGAAAAUCUAUGUCCUGUCGGUGGUAUUGAAUAUGUUGUUAUAUAAGCAACUGUGUCUCCUAAGCACAAUUGCCCUUUGAGGGGCAGUGGUGUGGUUCCUCCCCCACAUGCACUCUCCUCCUGUGUUUAGUCAAGGUACCGUUAGCUCGGAAUCUCUUCCCACAAAUGUUGCACAAGUACGGCUUCUCUCCUGUGUGGACCAUCACGUGUCUUUUCAGCACAGACAAGUCGCUAAAACUUCUCCCACAUGUGUUGCAGAGGAAUGGCUUCUCCCCGGUAUGGACCAUGAUGUGUCUUUUAAGUAUGGACAACUGAGUGAAGCUCUUCCCACAGGUGUUGCAAGGAUAUGGCUUCUCACCUGUGUGAGUCCUGGCGUGAGUGAGCACCUCAUGCGUGUUCCUAAAUUGCCUCCCACAUGUUUUGCAGGAAUAAGGCUUCUCUUCUGUGUGGAUCAUUAUGUGUCUUUUGAGAUUAGACCUUUGGUUGAAUGUCUUCCCGCAUGUCUUGCAGGAAUAAGGCUUCACUCCAGUGUGGGUCAGCAUGUGUCGUCUUAGUUUGCAACGAAAACGAAAACCUUUCCCGCAACAGUCGCAUUUGAACAACUUACUGUUCAUGUCGCCCCUUAUGUUUUCAUCACCUGCUUCUAGAGCUGCAAAGCAACCAGUUUGAUCCUCUGAUGGACUUUCACCCGGACUCGAACCCAAAAUGGGAUCCGCCGUCUUGUAGUUUUCUUCACCAACAGGAACAGAUAAAAAUGUAUCCAGCGCUUCUCCCUCGAGACUGCUGCAGGGUUCCUCCUUAAUUUGUAGAGUUUCUGGCUCCUCCUGGUCCAAAAAGGGGUUCUGCUGCUCCUUGUCCACAUUUUGUGGCUCUGAAGGCAUACAGACAAAACAGAAGAAGGUUACUAGUGUUCCCACUCAGGAAAAUACAUCUAUUGGACACCUGUCUAAACAUAUAAACUGGUGGUGUGAAACGUCAUUUUUUAGUUUUACUUAUUUUACAUUUAGUGUACAGUGUUCCCUCGCUCUAUCGCGGUUGACCUUUUUUUUAAGGUUUUUUUUUUUUUUGUCUGAACGCUGUUACAGGCUGAGCCUGGCCCUUUAAGAAGAACUGGAUUGUGGGAAGUCUCUCUAUCUCUCUCUUUUCCCUCUCUCUUCCCUCUCUCGUCUGUCGGCACCGCACAUUGUUUUCUACGUCUUCACUGGCUGUAGACCAUUGUCAGUCUCCUUCGUGCCGCCCUGCUGUGUCUCCUGUGUCAUGCUAGCUUACUUGCUAGCUUGUAAAUGAAUCUUCAGUUUGAAGUAGGACGGCAGCAAUAUGUUUUAACAAGGAUACAAAAACACUACAGUACAAGCACGGUCACCGGAGUGAAAUACGCGUGGGCAGCUUAAUCAUUUAUUGUGUCCGACCUGUAGGUUGAUCGGUACAAUUCAAACAAAGGUUUGAACGUUUUUGAGAGGAUGCCUCUUUAAUAUUGAGAUACAGUAUAAUUUUUCACAAUUUUCACAUUUCUUAUGUGACUUGAUGCAUGAAUCUUCAUGACAAUUCAAGCAUAAUCAUUUAUAAGGGUGUCUCAUUGCGCAAUCUACAAUGUAUUAAAUGCUGUUGUCAGGGGCAGACUUAACAUUAGGCAAAUACAGACAAUUACCUAGGGCCCCACGUUCCCCCUCACAAAAUUUGUCUUUGAUUUGAAGUACAUAUUACUGUUUUAGUCUCCAUUCACAUGCUUAAAAAUAUACAAGUGCGUAAUCUAUCGUGAUCAUUUCGACCCCUUUCCCUCCCUUUCAUGCAAUUGACUAUUUCAUGUUACGGCGAAUGUACAGAUUGAUUUGGGAAGACGGAAGCAAAAAAACUUCCCGGCGCGGAGUUUCUCCAGUCGAACAGAGAAGAGGAGAAGGCAAGAGGAAAACAAAACAGAUUUGAUCAAAACUACCGAAGGUGUCAACCUUUUUCACAGUCACAACAACGUAAACACACGAGGGCAGCAGUACCGAUGCAGUAGUUGUGGAGAUAAAGCUGAGAGUGACGCUUUUCAUCACAAAGAUGUGAGUAUGUUGAGAUAUCUAGCUCAGGAAAUAGCACUUUCUCAUAUUUACACUUGUUUGCAGAUAAUAUUUAACAUUGUUUUGGGGGGUAUAUAAACAUGGCUAUGUAACCAGCAACUUCAGCUAACAUAUAACUAACAGAUUUCAAAAGCAGCACAACCUAAUUGAGGUCUGAAGGACCACUCUGUUAAAUAAAUUUCACCUCUAUUCAGUGAACAAAUUAAUAAAAUAAAAAUUAAUAAAACAGUAUAUAAUCUACUUGUAAUAAAUAUGUACUCGCUCAGCUAACAAGUUAAUGAAAAAAUAUUAUCGUACAGCCCCAAAAUAACUAAAUACACCCCUGGAUGUUGUAGUUCAUCAAAAUGUACACGCACCUGUCAUGGCUACAUUUGUGUCCUCAUCCAGUGGAGGUUGUGGUUCAUCUUGCCCCAGACUGCAAUUCUCCUUACAAAGCUUCUGCUCCGUCAAAACCUCUUCAUCCUCUACAUGUUGAACCUCUGUAGGCACGCAAUUAAAAUCAAUGAACUUUACCAAUUGUAUUAUAUUUUUCCCAGGCGAUGCAAAAAAUGUGGC